GAUGACACUGUUGUAAUGUAGAGUGAGAGAGACACACACAUCAUCGUCGUUUCUGAUCCCCCGCCCCUCUCCGUUCAAUCUCUAUAAACACACACAUUUCUCAUUUCUCCUUCUUAAACGCACCCUUUUAUAACUCCAUCCACAUUACAUUCCUCACUUCUCAGAUCACCAUUCUCGCUGAGAAGGAACAAACAAAAACAAACCCUAGAAUUUCUCUCUUUCUUUUAUUUAUUUGAUUUAUUUCCGAUCUUGUCCCUUCACUGGAGCUGUCGAAACGCGGUCGUUUCGGGGCCAUCGCUGCGGAGUUUGAGAUUGGAAAUGGUGGGAGGAGGGAGUAGGAGGGAGGAGGCGCCGGUCAUAAACAGCUCCAACGUGUUCGCAGCGCUCGGAAGCCUCAAGAAGAAGAAGAAGAAGCCUGAGAAGGAACAGGGUUCAUCCAAGGGGAGAGCCUCCUCGUCCUCUUCCACCGCCGCUUCCUCCACCGCAAAACAGCAGGAGAAAAAGGAGGUUUUCUGGGCCCCGGCGCCACUCACGUCGAAGUCAUGGGCUGACGUUGACGACGAGGAUGAUGACGACUACUACGCCACCACCGCUCCACCUCAAUCCGUUUGGGGCGCCCCUGUUGCUGCUGCUGCUGAAUCCGAGCCCCCUGCUGAGCAGGAAAGCGAUAGUGAGAUAGAAGGCCUUGAUGAUGCUGAAGAUGAUGCUGAGGAUGAACAUGAAAAUGAUUUAGAAGUGCCAGUAGAACCUGAACCUGUUGUUAAGAAGCCUCGUGAACCCUCAUUGUCUACCAAGGAAACUGAAAAGCAACUUUCGAAGAAGGAAUUGAAGAAAAAAGAGCUUGAGGAGCUUGAAGCUGUUUUAGCAGAGCUAGGAUUGCAAAAAGAACCCGGAAGCCAGGCUGACUCCCAUGGUGUUGAGAAGGUAGAGGAUCGCAAUGGUGAGUUAGAAAAGAAGGAGAAUGCCACCGGUGAAAGCAAAAAUGCAAAGAAGAAGAAGAAGAAGGACAAAUCUUCUAAGGAGCAGAAAGAAUCGCAAGACCAGCCUGAUUCUGUGGCUGAUGGAAAGACAACUACUGAAAUUGCUGGAACGGGGAAGGCAGAGGAUGCACCUGUAACCGACGUGAAAGAGCGACUUAAGAAAGUUGCUUCUGUGAAGAAGAAAAAAUCAAGUAAGGAGAUGGAUGCUGGUGCAAGGGCUGCUGCUAGUGAGGCUGCUGCUAGGAGUGCAAGGCUUGCCGCGGCAAAGAAAAAAGAUAAAGCGACUCACUACAAUCAGCAGCCUGUGCGGUAAACAGGUGGCAAGUGGCAAAGUACUUGUAUCUUCUCUUUGUUUAUCCUUUUGUUUUGCCCUUUAUAUUUUCAAUCUUUCUUUUAUCAUAUAUGGGCAUAUGCUCUCUGUUCAUUUGCAAAUGCAAAAUAAACAUCAAUAGCGGCUUUAGAUAAAUUGACUAUGAGCAAAUUUAUAAUUUUAAGUGAGGGAAAAUAGGAGUAUAUGAAUCUUUCUUUCA